GCAGACUCGCAUCAGAAGAAAAGCCUGCCAGGUCUCCCUUCUCACAGAGGAUAUAAAGUCUGCUUUAAAAGCUCUUAGGAGCUCAAAACCACCAGUAAAGCUGUAUAAGCACCGGGUUGACGGGACUGAAGGAAGUGGCGCGUCGUACGGGGAGCUGCCUGCUGACAUCGCCAUGAGUUACAAACCAAUUGCACCUGCGCCUUCUGGCUCCAACCACACACCUCCAGGCUCUUCUGUGCCAUCUCCAUCUCUGCCCUCAUCUUCAAACUUCAGGCCAGCUUUCAGCGACUUUGGACCACCUUCCAUGGGCUUUGUUCAACCUGUCAAAGUGUCUCAAGGGUCCACCUACAGCGAGCUUCUGUCUGUCAUUGAAGAGAUGAGCCGUGAGAUAAGGCCAACAUACGCAGGGAGCAAGAGUGCCAUGGAGAGGCUAAAGAGAGGUAUAAUCCACGCUCGUGCACUGGUCAGGGAGUGUCUGGCAGAGACGGAGCGAAGUGCCCGCACAUAACCUUUUGGAAAGACCCCUUCACCUCAGUCUUGCCCUGUAGAGCCUGAUCUCAUCAGGAUGGUCCGUUUUACAACCCCUUUUCUAUCUUCCCACCACUUUCCUCACUGGCUUUUUUAUAUGUGCAUUAUGUCCUCCUUUGUUUCUGCAUUCCACCACACACACAUUUUGUUCAUUACAACCUUCCAGUGACCUGUGGUGUAUGCAAAAAGCAGUUUUAUAUGUAUUUCUGUAUAAGGGGGGAAUUCACUGCAUUUUAAGUAGAGCUGUGAUUAUUGAAAGAAGUAAAAUUGGUGGAAUAGUUUAAGUGCUAGUUGUUAAUUAAUGGCUAUUGACCAAUGGGGUUUGUUUCCUUUAAUGAUGAAAUCCAUGUUCAACCUCCACCCAAGAUCAUUUCUCUCUUGAACAUCAACUUAAAAGUAAAUAUUGUAAUUUAAUCCAAGCAUUUUCACCAUACCACGUCUCAGUCAUCCUGUCCGUUUCCAUCCUGUUUUGUAAACACACUUUGGAUGUUUCUCAACCCCCAAAAAACUCUGUACAUCUCAAGUCAUUUUGUUAGUAUGGAAAUUUUGUAAAACAGAUUUUUGCAGUUCGGUAUGUAUAUCUUAAUUAAAUAAUGAAAAGUAA